CGCGAUGGGCAACGCCGCCGCCGCCAAGAAGGGCAGCGAGCAGGAGAGUGUGAAAGAGUUCUUAGCCAAAGCCAAAGAAGAUUUUCUUAAAAAAUGGGAAAAUCCUGCUCAGAAUACAGCCCAUUUGGAUCAAUUUGAACGAAUCAAGACCCUCGGCACAGGCUCCUUCGGGCGGGUGAUGCUGGUGAAACACAAGGAGACUGGGAACCACUUCGCCAUGAAGAUCCUGGACAAACAAAAGGUGGUGAAGCUGAAACAGAUCGAGCACACCCUGAAUGAGAAGCGCAUCCUGCAGGCUGUCAACUUCCCGUUCCUUGUCAAACUUGAAUUCUCCUUCAAGGAUAACUCAAACUUGUACAUGGUCAUGGAGUAUGUGCCCGGCGGGGAAAUGUUCUCACACCUGCGGAGGAUCGGAAGGUUCAGUGAGCCCCAUGCCCGCUUCUAUGCUGCCCAGAUCGUCCUGACCUUUGAGUACCUGCACUCGCUUGAUCUCAUUUACCGGGACCUGAAGCCGGAGAACCUUCUCAUCGACCAGCAGGGCUACAUUCAGGUGACAGACUUCGGUUUCGCAAAGCGUGUGAAAGGCCGCACCUGGACUUUAUGCGGGACCCCCGAAUACCUGGCCCCCGAAAUCAUUCUGAGCAAAGGCUACAACAAGGCUGUGGACUGGUGGGCCCUGGGGGUUCUCAUCUAUGAGAUGGCUGCCGGCUACCCGCCCUUCUUUGCUGACCAGCCCAUUCAGAUCUACGAGAAGAUUGUUUCUGGGAAGGUGCGGUUCCCAUCCCACUUCAGCUCUGACCUGAAGGAUCUGCUGCGGAACCUCCUGCAGGUGGACCUCACCAAGCGCUUUGGGAACCUCAAGAAUGGAGUCAAUGACAUCAAGAACCACAAGUGGUUUGCCACGACUGACUGGAUUGCCAUCUACCAGAGGAAGGUGGAAGCUCCCUUCAUACCAAAGUUUAAAGGCCCUGGGGACACGAGUAACUUUGACGACUAUGAAGAGGAAGAGAUCCGAGUCUCCAUCAAUGAGAAGUGUGGCAAGGAGUUUUCUGAGUUUUAGGGGUGUGCCUGUGCCCCCAAGGGUUUUCUUUCUUUUUUUGUGGGGGGUGGGUGGGAG